AGUGCUUCCCUGCGCCGGGUGUCAUGGAAGGGCUGCUGACAAGAUGCAGAGCAUUGCCUGUCCUGGCCACCUGCAGCCGUCAGCUCUCCGAGUAUGUUCCUUGCAGGUUUCACCACUGUGCCCCAGGGAGAGGGAAGCGCUUGCUACUGUCCCGUGUGUUCCAGCCACAGAAUCUACGGAAAGACCAGGUGCUCUCCCAGGAGGACAAAUCUAGUGACCUAACCUGUAAGAGCCAGCGGCUGAUGCUGCAGGUGGGCCUAAUCCACCCAGCCAGCCCCGGCUGUUACCACCUCCUGCCUUACACUGUUCGUGCCAUGGAGAAGCUUGUGCAGGUGAUAGACCAGGAGAUGCAGGCCAUUGGGGGACAGAAAGUCAACAUGCCCAGUCUCAGCCCGGCAGAGCUCUGGCGAGCUACUAACCGGUGGGACUUGAUGGGCAAGGAGCUGCUGAGACUUAGAGACAGACAUGGCAAGGAAUACUGCUUAGGACCAACUCAUGAGGAAGCCAUCACAGCCCUGGUCGCCUCCCAGAAGAACCUGUCUUAUAAACAGCUUCCAUUCUUACUGUACCAGGUGACGAGGAAGUUUCGGGAUGAGCGCAGGCCCCGCUUUGGUCUUCUCCGUGGCCGGGAGUUUUACAUGAAGGAUAUGUACACCUUUGAUUCCUCCCCAGAGGCCGCCCAGGAGACCUACAGCCUGGUGUGUGAUGCCUACUGCAACCUAUUUGACAGGCUGGGACUGCGAUUUAUCAAGGUCCAGGCAGAUGUGGGCAGCAUCGGGGGCAUGAUGUCUCAUGAAUUCCAGCUCCCAGUGGAUGUUGGAGAGGACCAGCUUGCAGUCUGUCCCAGCUGCAGCUUCUCUGCCAACAUGGAGACACUAGACUUGUCACAAAUGAACUGCCCUACUUGCCAGGGUCCACUGACCGUAACCAAAGGCAUUGAGGUGGGGCACACAUUUUACCUAGGUACCAAGUACUCUUCCAUUUUCAAUGCCCAGUUUACCAAUGUCCAUGGUAAACCAUCCCUGGCUGAAAUGGGAUGCUACGGUUUGGGGGUGACACGGAUCGUGGCAGCUGCCAUUGAAGUUCUCUCUACAGAAGACUGCAUUCGCUGGCCCAGCCUCCUGGCCCCUUACCAAGUCUGCCUCAUCCCCCCUAAGAAGGGCAGUAAGGAGGCGGCAGCUACAGAGCUCACGGAGCACCUGUAUGACCACAUCACAGAGGUGGCUCCUCAGCUUCGCGGGGAGGUACUGCUGGAUGACAGGACCCAUCUGACCAUUGGAAACAGACUGAAAGAUGCCAACAAGUUUGGCUACCCCUUUGUGAUCAUCGCUGGCAAGAGGGCCCUGGAGGACCCUGCACAUUUUGAAGUUUGGUAUCAGAACACUGGUGAGAUGGUCUUCCUCACCAAAGAAGGAGUCAUGGAAUUACUGACCCAAGUGCAGGUUGUCUAGAUGCCCCCAGCCCACCCCUGCCCCUGUCUGUUAGCUGUGGUGUUCAUUCUAACGCUGCAUUUUCCUACACUCCUUUCCUGGGCUGGUCCCUCCAGAAACAGGGCAGCUCAUGGAAGGUGAGACCGUGUUAGAGAAACCAAUUUUUAUGCAGUCAUUUGUUCACAUUAUUGUAUUUAAAGUCAUUAACUUGAUCUCUUUCUCUGGACUGGCCACACUGCCAUAUACCAUUCCUUUUGUACUCUAUUGUGGCACCUUCUGUUAGGAGGCCGAGAGGCAAGAAAGAGACCUGAGUUCUAGUCUUAGCCCCUGGGAGAGUCACUUCCCUUCUCUCAGCUGAAUUUCCCACAUGUAGGAUAGGAAUGGCUGAUGGCCGAGGGUCCCUCCGAUCCCUACAGUCUGACCACAGGCCUCUUGCUACAUUCAGUCUAGAGAGCAGGACCGCCAGCCCUCUUCCACCGAGAAGGUGGGCUGAGAGUGGGGGGAUCUGACUGGCCCAACUCACUGGUGACUUGGACAUGUCCCCUCCCCUAAUGGGGCCUCAGUUUCCCCAUCUGUAAUAUGAGAAAGUGGAGGGAGAGCUGUAAAGUCCUUACAGCUGUGACUGGGUGGUUCCAUGAGAGGCUCAUGUCAGGCAGAUCUGGUUCCUCUGAUCCCUCAUAGUCUAAGCAUAUUGGAAAGUUGAUAUAAUUAGCCGAUGGCUUCAGAGACCUGGCCCUAUUGAGGCAGCUUAAGCACUGAGAUCAUGUUCUAUAGAUUGAAUGAAGUCAAACUAUUGGAAUGAACCUUGCAUGUUAAUUUGAAAGAGUGAUAACAUCUGCCAUUUUAACAGUGCAAAUGCCUUCCUACCCCUUUUCUUUCUUUUUCUACUGUUUCCACACUGCAAAAAAAGUGGGGGGGAGGGGGGUUGGAAAAAUAUGUUUUAAACCAUCUCUUCCCACAGGUGUCAGGGACAGCAGGCUCCAACUGCCAUGGUGACUUUAUCCUAGGUACAUCCUAGAGCCACAAUGAGGGGUGAAUAUUAAGAGCUGGUCUCUGCCUGAAUUCUGUGGAAAACUGGGAGCAGACUUGAGCUACCACAGCAAUGCUGCCUAUUUUCAUUGCUCCUGCACACUAGAUUAGGAACAUAACUAGGUUUUCAAUCCUUGGCCCCCAAGGGUCUCUACGUGUCCAAGUCCAACAAGAUUCCGUGAGGGCCAAACUCAAAGCCACCACCUCCUGAAUACCUGCCUGACAGCUCCUGGAAGUGUUUUCCCUCUUCCUGCCACAGUGCUGACGGCAUCCCUAGAUUUGCACAUACACAGCUCAUCAUAUGGUAGUCCAGCCUCUUGUAGAGAUGAGCUCCUGGAACCGAGGGGCCUGAGCCAGUUCCUAGUGCACUGCAGUUCUUGUUGUGGCUAGUUGUUCUGCCUGCUAAACAGCUUCUUGGCAGCUUGUUACUGCCACUGCUACUACUGCUAGAGUAAUCCCACUCCAAGCACGCACCAUCAGGUUUCCUAAUGAAUGUAUAUGCCAAGCCAUAAUUGCUCCCAGGCCUAUCAUUGGAGCUCUGGGCCUAGGAUUUCUUUGGAAUUACUUUAGACUUUCAGGCCAGGAGACGUGGAUUCUGAGAACAAACCUAGAAAGGCUAGAUUGCAAGGCAGAAGAUCUACCUUUGCUGCACACUGGCAUCACCGGAGUCCCACCCAGAGGUUCUGGUUAUGGUGUGGGGUGUGUCCUGGGCAUUGGGAAGUUUAAAGCUCCCCAGAUGUUUCUAAUAUGCAAAGUCGAUUGGGAGUUCCUGGUGUAAGAGCCGCCUCCUCUGGGCCACUUUGUAAUUGGGCUUUAUCAGACCGAUUCGAGCUUUCUGCUUAGAAUGGU